GUAAAACGAAUGUGUGGUUGUAGUUGUUUUUGGCUUGUUGUGGUCAGAAAAAUUGAAGAAUUUAACGUUUUACACAAAAAAUAAGAUAUUGUUUACCCUUGGGACAAUUAAUUCAAUAAUUCCUUUGAAAAAUAAAAUUUGCCUGGAUAGAAACAAAGAACGCCGAUAUUUCUAUUAGAUAGUCAUUACACUUUUGGAAAACAUGGACGAUGAUUGGGAUGAUGGAUCUCCUGUGGUCACACCUGCCCCAGCAAUGAGAGGUCUGGCCUCCGAAGGCGGCACGAAAUUCUCCUCGGGUCGGGGCUACCAAGCGGCCGCCAGUAACGGAGGUGACGGCAACACAUGGGGCGGCGACACGUGGGGCGGCUGGGGCGACGGUGACAACGGCGACUCCCAGAAAAGCGAUUUCAGGGGCAGGGGCGGACGCGGAGGCGGCCGAGGACGGGGCGGCGAUAGAGGAGGACGAGGAGCAGGUCGCGGAGGAGGACGAGGAGGUGGUGGUGACGGCGGCUUUAGGAGCGGUUUUAAAGACAAUAACAAAUGGGGCGGAGAUGAUGGCGGUAGUGGUGGUGGCUCAGGUUGGGGCGAUAAUGACGGAGAUGGAGGCGGCGGUAGAGGGCGGGGCGGCCGAGGAGGCAAUAAUGACGGAGAUGGAGGCGGCGGUAGAGGGCGGGGCGGUCGCGGAGGCGGCCGAGGAGGCGGAAAUAACGGAGGUGACGGUGGUGCGGGAGGAGGAGACGGCGAACCGCCGAAGCCUAAGGAGAUUUACGUGCCCGUGGAAAGGGUGCAGGAUGACGAACUGUUUACCACCACGAUUUCGUCUGGUGUAAACUUCAUGAAACUGGACGAAAUCGAAGUGAAAGUAUCGGGAGAAAACGUGCCGGAGGCAAUAAACUCCUUCAACGAGUCCGGACUCAAGCAACAUUUAAUAGACAACGUGAAAAAGUCCGGAUACGAUAAACCGACCCCGAUCCAGAAAUACGCCAUUCCCAUUAUUAUGGCCGGCAGGGAUCUUAUGGGUUGCGCCCAGACCGGAUCUGGAAAAACCGCGGCAUUUUUGCUCCCAAUGAUCCAUAAAAUAAUGGAAGCGGGAAAUCCUCCUACUAGAGUGGGAAGCACCAGUCAACCGGACGUGGUGAUAGUGAGUCCCACGAGAGAAUUGGCCAUACAAAUCUACGAGCAAGCGAAGAAGUUCGCUUACAAUUCGAUUGUGAAAACUGUCGUUAUUUAUGGGGGGACGUCCGUUAACCAUCAGAGGAAUCAGGUUAUGGCCGGAUGUAACAUUUUAGUAGCCACCCCGGGCCGUUUAAACGAUUUUGUCGACCACGGACACAUCAGCUUCGAGUCGGUUAAAUUUUUCGUAUUAGACGAAGCCGAUCGCAUGUUGGACAUGGGAUUCUUGCCGACGGUUGAACAAAUGCUUUCUCAUCCUACAAUGGUCGCCACAGGAGAAAGACAAACCCUAAUGUUCUCCGCCACGUUCCCGGAGGAAAUUCAACACUUAGCUGGGAAAUUUUUGCAUAAUUACAUUUUCGUGGUGGUCGGAAUCGUCGGGAGCGCCUCUACCGACGUCGAGCAGACGGUCAUUUCGGUGCCCAAGUAUGAAAAGAUCAAUAAGCUGCUUGAAAUGCUUCAGGGUGUGCCAGAGAGGAAAGAAAGGACGCUAGUGUUCGUGGAAAUGAAAAGGAUGACCGACUUCUUGGCCACAUAUUUGUGCGAGAGCGAUAUUCCCUCGACCAGUAUUCACGGCGACCGGCUGCAACGGGAAAGGGAACAAGCAUUGUGGGAGUUUAAAAAAGGUAUCAGGGUCAUUUUGGUGGCGACGGGAGUGGCGGCCAGAGGUCUGGAUAUCGGCGGGAUUCAGCACGUGAUCAAUUACGAUUUGCCCAAGAGCAUCGACGAGUACGUGCAUAGGAUCGGACGUACCGGACGCGUUGGUAACAGAGGAAGAGCCACAAGCUUUUUCGAUCCGAAAAUGGAUUCGGGCAUGGCCGGUCCGCUUGCCAAUAUAUUGAAACAGGCCGGGCAAGAGGUGCCCGAUUUCUUGGAACAGGGUUACGGCGGCGGAUACAAUCAUACACCUGAUAAUUUCGGCGGAAAAGAUAUCAGAGGAGAGAACUUCGGUCAGGGCCAAAACUACGAUCAAAAACCAGCGGAAAUCGAAGAAGACGACUGGUAAAAAUCCACCACCAAUCGAUCAUGCAGCCCCCCUUUUUUUACUUUACUUAAAAAGUUUAUUUUUGAUACUAGUGUUCUUAAGAUAUGUUUAAGUUGCUUCUAACCAUAUAACAAAGAUCUGUGAUACCCGACUAUUAAGUUCGGGCCUAAGCUUGCUGUUUGUUAUAUGGUGUCCCAUUUAUGUAGAAUAACAUUUUUUUUUUUGUAUGUUAGAGUCGUUUGUUAUGACAAAAGAGGACCUUGUUGCUGCUUCUAUGAAGUAUCAUUUGUUUAAUUUCAGAUAGAUUUUAGUGUUAAACGGUUUAUAUGUUAAACUACUGUUAUGUUCCCAGUUCGAUUUUGAUUUUUUAACGAAACGUGUUGAAAACUGAAAAUGAGUUUUAAAUAAAGACUUUUUUGAAUUAA